AUGAAGACCGAUAAUCUAUCAAUAGAAGGUGAGUGUCUUCAUACCAAUAACCAACAGCUAAUCGAUCAAAUACGAUCGCUUACAGAUGAAUUGUACGGGAAGUUGAAGGAAAUUCAAGAAUUAAAGUAUACAAUUACAGAACAAAAAGUCUCUUUUAUGAAUGAAAUGAAUAAAAAUAAUGAAAUUGUCAACUUAUUGAAGGAGAGAAUAAAUCACCUACAAGAGUCAGGUUUAAUGUAUGACAAAAAAGAAGGUGAUAUUCUUUUACAUGAGAAAAACAGUAAUAUAUACGAUGAACCAGAAUAUAUAAAAAUGAAUCAUGAACUCAGGUUGCAAGUCGAAGAACUAGUAGAAAAGUUAAGGAAUGAAUUGCCGCAUGUUCAAAAUUUAGAAACUACUAAUAAAAACAUUGAAGCAAGAUUAAUCUCAAAUAUUGAUUUAUUGGAUUCAGUGUCUAACGAAAACCAAACAUUAGUUACAGAAAAUAUGAGGUUAUCUCAAAAAUUUCAAAGUGCGUCUCAAAUGAUUAAAGAAUUAGUAUCUCAAAAAAGAGACUUGUGCCAACAAAUUCAGACUUUAUUGUACACAGAUAAAAAGGAUAGUAGUAAUUAUGAAAGUAAUAAUAAUGUUGAAUAUUCUAACUCUCAAGAUGUAAUAUCUUCUCAACUGGUAUCGUUUACUAAUAUUGAAGAGUUACAACAACAAAAUUUAAGGUUAAUAACAGCUAUGCGUAAUCUAACUGAAAAGUUUGAGAAUAAUUCUGAAGAAAAUUCCAAGGAUGACGGUGAGAAAAAGAAAUUGAAAAGUGAAAUCUAUAAUUUACGUAAUAAAAUCCAAGUGUUAUUGACAGAAAACGACUCUUUCAAACUACUAAUGGAUGGCAAUAAGUUGAUUACACAACAUCGCGAAAAUGAGUAUAAAAUGAAAGAGCUGAAUGAUCAAUUAAUUUUACAAGAAAACAACUACAAACAAAGGAUUGCAGAUAUAACAGAAACUUUGAAUGAAAAAGAAAUUACCUUGAGCAAAAAUAAUAAUAAAUUAAAUUAUCUUUUAAAGGAAAAGGAAAUUUUGUCAAAUGAGUUGAAAGAAUUAAAGAAGAUAAAUGAGCAACUUAGAGAAGAACAUAGGCACAUGAAGGAUCUAUGUAAUGGAUUUGAAGAUGACCUAGUGGGACUAAGAAGUGAUUUAUUGUCAUAUAAGACCCAGUGUCAACAAAAUAGUAACACAGUAGAUUGUUUGGAUGAUGAAGUAACAAGGUUACAAAAGGACAAGGAACUAUUAGAAAAAGAGAUCCGCUUAUAUCAACAAGAAAAGCAUGAUUUUGAAGUCAAGUUAUUAAGCAUUAGGAAAGAAUCACCAUCAAACGAAAGUGUAAUUAUUGAAAGAUUAAAGAAAAAGUUAGAAGAAAAAGAAAAAAUUUUUGUUGAAAAAUUACAAGAAUAUAAGAAUCUUUAUUGUCAAAAAGAAAAAAAUUGGGAAACUACUAUAGAAAUAUUGAAUAAGCAGAUUAUAUGGCUACAAGCACAAACUCCACUUCAGUCUAUUCCUUUGAGUGAUCAAGAUAUGAAAACAACUCCAAAAAAUGAAAUAGAAGAUAUAUAUACUGAAGAUAUAGGACAAGUUAGCGACUCUCUUGACUUUAACGAAAAAGUUAACAGUGAAGAUAACGGGUUAAAUAAAGAAAUUGGGCAUGAUGCAAAUAUUACUAUUAUUAAAUUGCAACAGGAAAAAAAUUUAUAUGAGAACAAGAUAACUGCUUUGAAUCUUGAAGUUAGCUUACUAAAGAGUCAACUUGAAUUGUAUUGUAAAGAGGAAAAUUUGAGUGUUAUUAAAAAGUCUAAUGAUGUUGACCAGCUAACAGAUGAUAAAUUUAUAAAUAUUAUGAGUGAGUUAAAGGAAUUAGAUCUGAUGAAGAAUACGAUAAAGAGUUUAAAGGAAGAAUUGGAUCAAAUAACUGGGGAAAAAGCAGAGUUAGAAACUGAAAACCAGAGAUUAAAUCAAACAAAUCAAUCUAGUACAUCGGAAUUACAGAAAUAUAAGAGUGAAUUGUUGGUGGCUACAAAGAAUGUUGCGCUUCAUAAAGAGGAAUCAAAUAGAUGGAAAAAUAUGGCAGAACAAUUGAAAAAUUCUGAACAGAUUCAAACACUGUCUGAUGAAUUGGCAAAAUAUAAAGCAGAACUUGAGGCUAAAACUAAGGAAAAUAUUGAAUUAGAGGAUAAAUUUAAUAGAUUAAAGAGACAAGCACAUGAAAAAUUAAAUGCUUCAAAGGUCGCAUCCGCUCAAUUGUCUUCGGAAGUAGACGAAUUGACUACUAAACAAGCAGAAUUGCAGCUUAUAAUUGCAAGAUAUAAAGAAAUGGAAAUAGAGUAUAACGGUAAGCAGCAUGAAUUUACUGAGUUACAGACACAACUUAAUGAAACUACUGAAAGGUUAAAAAUAUCAGAGUUGAAAUUACAAGAGAAUCAUAGAGCGUAUACUAAUUUGGAGCAAAAAUUAAAAGAUAUGCAGCAGGAAUACGAACAUAAAGAGAAAGAAGCUAUAGAAAAAGUUACUGCAGAGUUGAAAUCUAAGUAUGAAAAUGCAACUAAUGAGAAUAACAUUUCAUCAGUUAAUCUUAAAAAAAUGAGAGAUGAAUGGGAGAGAGAAACUCAAGUUAGAAUAGAACAGGCAAAAGAAGGCCUAAAGAAGCAUAUUCGACUACCAACUGAAGAAAAGAUUAAAAAGAUAAUAGAAAAAAGAAAAAGUCAGUUGGAAAAUGAAUUUGAUCAAAGAGUUGAAGAGAAAGCUAGAGUGUUAAAGCUCUCGGAUGAAUUAAAGAAGCCAGUUGAAGAUAUCGUUAAAGAGUUAGAACAAAAGAUCAAGGAACGGAUAGAAGAAGAUUUUAACAGUAAUUUAAAGAAGAAGGCUUUUGAAGAAGGCAAGCAUCAAGCAUCAAUGCGAACCACUCUAUUAGAAAGAAAAAUAUCGAAACUUGAAGCACAAUUAGAAGGAAAACAACCCCCUGACAAUAAAGUAUCAUUAGGGUCACAACAACGUAAAUCUAUAUCAGGGUUGUCCAAAAUUGACAUUAAUAAACCAUUUCAACUGGCAAGUCCAAAAUUGGAUCUAGCUUCUAAGUCUUUAUCAACUCUCAGUGCAGUGGGCAGUCCUUUCGGUUUCGAGAAAAGUCCAAAAAAUCCUUUUUCUUUAACGACUUCAUCUUUUAAACAAACUACGGGCGAUAAUAAUAAUAAUAAUAAUAAUAAUAAUAAUAAUAAUAAUAAUAAUAAUAAUAAUAAUAAUAAUAAUAAUAAUAAUAAUAAUAAUAAUAAUAAUAAUAAUAAUAAUAAUAGUAUAUUUUCUUUUGUAUCCACAAAACAAUCUCCCUUUGGAAAAUUUGGGAAAUCAGAAUUUAAAACUCCUAUGAAUAUGUUAUUGGAUUCGGAACAACCAGUUGAAUCAUCAGAUGAUACAGAGAGCAAGAAAAAACCACUCGAGGACAAAUUGGAUGAUCUUCCAUUAAAAAAGUUAAAACCUUUAGAGUAA